AGGACAGCAGCAGCAAGUGAUGCCAUCUGUCUUAUCAGCGCUGAGGGAAAACCGUUGGAAAAUCGUUGGAUAUCUCAAGAAAUAGAAGGGGGAUGCAAGCACUUUUUGGUGAAUCACUAAAACGAGCUUGAUUUGUAUUUUUAUAAGCAUUUUUACAUUUUACGAGUGACUUCAAAGUUGUUUUCUAUUUUUUUAAUGGUUUAAUAUAGCCUAUAUAUUUUUUUUAUGGUUUAAUAUAGCCUAUAUAUAUAUUUUUUAAAUGGUUUAAUAUAGCCUAUAUAUAUAUUUUUUUAAUGGUUUAAUAUAGCCUAUAUUUUUAUUUGAAUUGCAUUGCUUUUCCCCCCUAAUGGACGGGAUUGAAGGCGAAUGACGCACCACACUGAAAUGAUUUCAAUGUUUUACGUGUUCUAGUGUGGAGGCAUUUUGGAGUGGUCGGACAGCCCACGUCAAGCUCUAGAACCCUUGGCUAGAACACCUGAUUCUUCUGUCGAUAACACACUGAUGCCAAGGGGAACUCUUUCUCUCUCAGUUUACAUUUGACUCUCUUUGGCAAUUCAUCCACUGCAACGUUUCCCAUUUAGCUCACCAGACCAGACGAACUCUUGUUUAGUUUUUACCCCAAGGAACUAUUAAAUCGUUUUUCCCUUUUAUGGUUUUUGAAAUGACGAGCCAAAGUACUGAGAGAAGUAGGCCUAUAGGGACUCUGGCGUUGCUGCGUUCCGCUUUGCUGUUGGGUCUUCUUCACAUUGGUGCACCAGAGGCGAGGAGGCUACGGGGCAGCCGCGCGCACCACCGGAGAGCCUCCGCCAUGCCGUCCCCAACGUUAACAUACAGGGACCGGGUAGUAGAGGGGACCGGAGCCGGUGAGAGCUUCCCGUUAGACUUCACCGCUGUCGAGGGGAACAUGGACAACUUCAUGACCCAAAUUAAAAACCUGGCGCAGUCGCUGUACCCGUGCUCGGCGCAGAAGCUGGACCAGGACAUGAGGCUGCACUUCUUGGACAAUUCCUCUGCGACGUGUAACGAUGGAUCCCCAGCGGGGUACUACAUCAAGGAAUCUAAAGGCAGCAAGAGAUGGCUGAUAUUCUUGGAGGGUGGAUGGUACUGUUUCAACAGACAGACUUGUGACACCAGGUACCAGACAAUGAGGAGAUUCAUGAGCUCCCUCAAGUGGCCACGCACCAGAACAGGUACAGGUAUUCUGUCUCCUCAGCCAGAGGAGAACCCCUAUUGGUGGAAUGCCAACAUGGUGUUCAUCCCAUACUGCUCUAGUGAUGCCUGGAGUGGAGCCUCAGCAAAGACUGACCACAGUGACUAUGCGUUCAUGGGCUCAGUGAUCAUUAAGGAGGUGGUUAAUGAGCUGCUUACUAAAGGACUGGACAGCGCUAAGGUCCUGCUACUGGCUGGGAGCAGUGCGGGGGGUACAGGUGUACUACUGAACGUGGACCGUGUGGCGGAGCACCUGGAGUCCCGGGGACACGGGGAGAUUCAGGUCCGGGGUCUGGCUGACUCUGGCUGGUUCCUGGAUAACAAGCAGUACAGAUCUACAGACUGUCACAGCACCAUCAGCUGUGACCCUACUGAGGCUAUCAGGAGAGGAAUCAGGUACUGGGGUAGUGUGGUGCCAGAGAGCUGCAGACAGACUCACAUAGGAGAGGAGUGGAACUGCUUCUUCGGAUAUAAAGUCUACCCCACGCUCAAGAGUCCAGUGUUUGUGGUCCAGUGGUUAUUUGAUGAGGCCCAGUUAACAGUAGACACCCUUCUCUCCUCCCCUCCCCCCUCUCUCUAG